GCGCCCGCCCUGCACGUGAUUGGAUGAUGACGUCAAAAGCCGGUGCCUCUAAAGUAGAGUGACCUUCUUUGCGACCGACAGAAACCGUUCACCGGCAGAGAGAAGCAGCCUACACCGGCACCGGAGUGAUUUUAUCCCCGCUCAUUUGAACCAAAAGUUGACUAUGGGAGACAUUGCCAAAGGAAAGAAGGCUUUCGUCCAGAAGUGUGCACAGUGCCACACAGUAGAGCAGGGUGGCAAGCACAAGGUGGGCCCCAACCUCUGGGGUCUGUUCGGACGCAAGACCGGCCAGGCGGAGGGCUACUCAUACACAGACGCCAACAAGAGUAAAGGUAUUGUGUGGGGUGAUGCCACCUUGAUGGAGUACCUGGAGAACCCCAAGAAGUACAUUCCUGGCACCAAAAUGAUCUUCGCUGGCAUCAAGAAGAAGGGAGAGCGCGCGGAUCUCGUUGCAUACCUUAAAUCAGCGACAUCAUGAAUACGCUGUCAUACAGAUCAGAAUAUUUAAUGUCAUUUUAUUGUUUUCUUCUUUUUGUCGUUUAUUUUUAGGCUUGCACUUGCUUAAUAUGGUUUUAUGUUUAGUCAUUUGUACAUAAGAUUAAUAUAUAUAUUGUCGAAGGUUAGAAAAGUGGCACAUCUUGUGAGCUGCUGAGUUCACAGCAAGUGUCACUUCCUCUUUUUAAUGUCAGGGUACGAGCAAUAGUUCAAGUGGCUUAACAUAAAACCACAGUCCUUUUUUUUUUAGUUUUUGUCAAUCUGACUGAGAAGAACAAUAAACAAAUAACAUCAUUUGAAAUGUAUAAAAUGAUAGGUUACCUGACCUGUCACUCAUUCUGUUUUCCAUGACAACACUUGUCCUGUACUUUCUGCUUGGAGAGCCGCCCGACAUCAACCUCAUUUGUGAAACUAUGUCUGAAAAAACAUCUAAUAUCAGUUACAUCAAAGCGACAACGGUUGGAGAUCUUGGGACUUUUGGUGGUUAACUGGUGCUGAUUACCAAUACACUGCCAGCUUUCAUGACAGCUGGAGUUUCUGACCCUACAAAAAGUGACAGCGUUGUUAACCUGCACGCCCUAUUAUAUAUCCCAGUUAUUAGAAACUCCCACUUUGCGUGAAUGCCCCUCAGAUUUAACACACUAAAUAUGUUGUCCUAAAACUCCCUGUAGUUUCACGGUACAAUGCCGAACACAGCCUGAUCUCUACGGUUACUGAAGCAGCCCCUCUGAGCUCCUGUUUUUAACCCUGCUGUCAUUAAGACUCUACGAGUUUUUUAAACAUUGUCAAAGCGUGACUCACUCUUAUCUGCCUCUUUACAGCUAAGAAUUGUGGGGUUUGAGUGCAUGUUAAUGCCUUAAACCAUCACUGUGCUGAGAUCCCUACAGUGUGAAAUCAGCUAUAAUUCAAUCACCAUGCCUAACAAUGUUGUGGAGCUACUGUAUUAUAUAAAAACCCAUCGAAUGCACCAUCUGGAGGGAGGAAAGACUUUGUUAUUUACCUGGUUUCACAGGCCUGAAAGAGUGUCGUUUUAACUUAUUUUACCACAAUCUGAGACUGUAACUAUACAAUUGUUUGAUGGGGCUGCUUGCUCUUGGUGCACAUGAAUAAUAUUAUAAUGUGGUAGCUAUGUCGUGUAGUUGUGAGCAGGAAGGAUGAUGGAUUGAUUAAAAGAAAACGUCCAGAAAUAUAAA